AUGAGUUCAGGAUAUACAAGCGAGGGUGAGAAAACCGAUCAACAAGAUAACCCCUCGCAAAAGUUGCCCAUAUAUCGCCCGGAAGGUCGUUCACUUGGAGUCCUCUUUGAAGACAUCACCGUUCAUGGUGUCUCUGCUGGCGAAAAACGUGCUCAGGAUCUCCUACGAAUUUUUCAAGAUGUUUUCGUCAACUGGCCAACAGGCUUACUAUGUAAAGUAAUACACCCCGGCCGCUCCAUGCAUCCCACAAGAAGAUUGAUACAAGGAGUUUCCGGUGUUUUGCCUCCUGGUGAAACGCUUCUAGUUCUUGGGCGUCCUGGUGCUGGCUGUUCGACUCUUCUUAGUGUGCUUGCAAAUCAGCGAACGCAAUUCGUAGAUGUUGAAGGUAGCGUGCAGUAUGGCGCAAUCGGGUCGGAUGAGAUGAAGACCCUUUACGGUUCCGAGGUGGCCCUGAACAAUGAGGACGAUAUUCAUUUUCCUAUCUUAAAAGUUGAAGACACUAUGCAGUUUGCACUACGCCUGCGCAGGCCGAAGUCCAAUCCGAAGACAGAUGCCGAGUUCGCUGAACACUGGACUGACGAAAUCCUCGAUUCUCUUGCAAUCAAACAUACCAAACCCACAAUUGUUGGUAAUGCUUUUGUUAGGGGCGUAUCUGGUGGCGAACGUAAACGUGUAUCGUUGGCCGAAGUUCUCAGCGCUGCUCCUGCUGUCGUCACAUGGGACAAUCCAUUGAGAGGUCUUAACAGCUCAUCUGCCCUAAGCUUCUUACGUCUUCUGAAAGGCAUGUCAAGGGCUACUGGAAUGUCUAAUAUUGUCACAGCCUACCAAGCCUCUGAAAGUAUAUACAGAGAAUGUUUCGAUCAUGUUAUAUUGUUGUAUGAUGGAUGUCAAAUCUAUUCGGGCCCUGCAGGCGACACUGCUAAACGUUAUUUUACCGGUCUCGGGUUUGAAUGUCCUCCCCGUCAAACGACUCCAGAUUUCUUGACAGCUAUUACUUCGCCAGAUGAACGCCGUAUCAAAGUUGGGCAUAAUCCCCCGCCACCACUUGAUCCUGUUGGCCUUGCUGAUGCGUUUCGAAAGAGCUCAUAUUACCAGAAUCUGCUAGGGGAUAUUGGACAAUUCCGUGAAAAGCAUUGUGACUUGGCGAGUGCUGCAGCCUUCAAGUCCGAAGUAGCUGAUUCCAAGCACAAGUUUACUCACCCAAAGGCUCUCGCGCUCAGGUCGUUCCCUACUCAGGUCAUAGUUGCUAUGCGACGACAUUAUCAACUUGUCUGGGGAUCUCGGAGGUCGCUCGCCAUUAUUCUUACCCUAAAUGCGGUAAACGCUCUUAUCACAGGCUCCGCAUUCUAUAAGAGACCUCUAACAGCGACUGGAGCGUUCGAGCUCAGCGGUGCUGUCUUCUUCGCUCAGAUAUACUUCUGUCUGAACGCUUUAGGAGAAACAGUUUCCACGGUUAGUUCACGAACAAUUCUCCAAAAGCAGCACGCACUAGGCAUGCUACAUCCGGCCGUUUCGGCAGUUGCGCUCAACAUUGCCAAGUUGCCGGUGUGUUUUGCACAGACCAUUCUUUUCACUCUACCGUAUUACUUUCUCGUCUUUGCAAACCCAACAGCGGCAGGGUACUGGUUCUUUGAGCUUUUGAUCUUCGUUUUCUAUGCCAGUCAGUUAGCACUUUUCCGAAUGCUGGGUGCAUGGUCACCGAAUAUACCGGUCGCUCUCUUAUUAGGUGGUGCAGCUAUGCCGGUCAGUUUAAGUCAUUCUGGUUAUGGCCCGACGUGGCCAACACUAUUGAAAUGGGAUUCUUGGAUCCGUCGAAUCAGUCCAAGUCCAUAUUCACUGGAAGCAACAAUGGGGUUUCUUAUGAAAGAUGACACUCUUUACUGUAGCUCUGACCAAUUAGUCCCAAAUGGAAUAGGAUACGAUAAUAUAACAAUAGCCAAUCAAGGCUGUCCUAUCUCAGGAAGCACUUCCGGAUCUUCUACUGUACCAGGCUCAACGUAUCUACUCACGCAUUUCGGUUAUCGCCCAUCUAAUGCGUGGCGAAAUUUCGGACUUGUCUUAGUCUUCUGGGCUAUCUACACCGGUUUAACAGCUGUGGGUUUGACUUUGAUGACGAAGAAUCGAGGCGGAGGUGGAGCAAGUCCGAGGAGCUGUCAUCCUGACGAUAUCCGAGGCGACGAAGAAUUGCGCGAAAAAGAAUCUGAUUUAGAAUCUCAAGGAAACCCAACCGCUAUACAUCCUCAUGAAAAUUCCCAGAGUCUUAAUGACUCUAGCAGUACUUUGUCCGCAAAUGCCGCUGAUUGGACUGAAAAUGCGAAAAACAACUCUAGACCCUCAUUUACCUUCUCAGAUGUCUCGUAUCACGUCCAAGUUGAUGGGGAGAAUCGACAGCUCCUUACAGAUAUAAGCGGAUAUGUCAGGCCUGGUCAGCUCACAGCCCUCAUGGGAGUAUCUAGUGCCAGAAAAACAACUCUCCUCAACACUCUUGCUCAACGCAAAGAUACGGGUAUCGUGACCGGUGACAUGAUGAUUGGAGGUCAGCCUGUCGCCAAUCUAGGAGCAAGAUUCUCUCGGGCUUGUGGAUUUUGCAUGCAGCAGGAUGUUCAUGAUUCGGGGGCCACAGUCCGCGAAGCUUUGAUCUUCUCGGCGAUGAUGAGAAGGCCAUUGUCCGUAUCGAGCCAAGAGAAGGAAGCGCACGUGGAAGAGGUAAUGGAUCUUCUGGGGCUUAGGUCAAUCGCCGAUGCUUUGAUUGGCGUUCCAGGGGAGGGAGGUCUAGGAGUCGAGGAACGGAAGCGAGUCACGAUAGGUGUGGAGUUAGCCGCCAAUCCUACAAUGUUGCUAUUCCUUGAUGAACCAACUUCUGGACUCGAUAGUCAAGCCGCAUACUCGCUCGUCAUGUUUCUGCAGCGUAUUGCAGCUUCUGGAGUACCCAUCAUCUGUACAAUCCAUCAACCUUCCGCAGUUAUUUUCGAAAUGUUCGAUCAUGUCCUACUUCUAACAAGGGGAGGACGCACUAUAUAUUUUGGCGAGACGGGUAGUAACUCGAGCAUUGCUGUGGAUUACUUUGCUCGCAAUGGUACCACAAUGGAUGGCACUGCCAACCCAGCAGAAUUUAUAUUGGAUACUGUGGCUAGUCCUACAGGAAGUGAUGAGUGGUCCAGAAGGUGGAAUGAUUCACCCGAACGCCGCAAUCUGCAAAUCCAGGUAGAACAUCUAAACUCUUCAGUCAAUAUUAAUUUAGAAGUCUCUACUACAGACGAAACGCUUCCAUGGAUACACCAAUAUAUCACCCUCACAUCUCGACAUUGGCUAACCAUAUGGCGUAAUGGAGUUUACAGUUUUAGCCGUCUUGUUAAAGCUAUAUUCAUGGGUCUUUUUCUAUCAUUCAUCUUCUAUCAAGCCUCAGACACAGAGCAAGGAACCCAAAAUCGUCUCAUUGUCCUCCUUCUUCUACCAUGGCUCAUCCCCGCUUCUGCAGAUGAUAUCCAAGCUAUCUGGUAUUCCAAAUGGGCACUUUACACGGCACGCGAGCGCUCCGGUGUCGGUUAUCAUCCACUCGCUCUAUGCGCCGCUCUCGUCACAGUAGAAAUCCCACUUGCCAUAGUAAUCUACACAAUAUACUUUCUCUGCAGCUGGUUUACCAUCGGCCUAUCAGAGCCUGGGUUUGGCUACCUCUUAUUCAUCGCACUCGGUAUAUACGGACUCGGUUUCGCCUUGGCAAUCGCCGCGCUGGUUCCCAAUAGCGAAGUUGCUGGGUUUGCAAAUAGUCUUGUGUGGUGCGUCCAGACGACUUUUGGUGGAAUGGCUCUUACGUAUAGCGACAUGCCUUCAUUCUAUUCUGCGUGGCUUUUCUGGGCAGACCCCCUACGAUACUGGCUGGGAUCUGCCAUUUCGAAUGGAGUUCACUCUGUUCCUGUGAUUUGUUCUGCCAGCGAAAUGACGAUUGUUCAUCCACCUGUAGGACAAACAUGUGGACAGUAUCUCGCGACUUACCUCUCGGGAACUGGAAUUGGUGGUGCAAGUAUGGGAUAUGUCUCAAAUCCUAACGCGACAGACGACUGUAGUUACUGUCCCUAUCAAGUGGGGGACGAUUACGCGGCUUCGUUUUCGUAUUUCUACAUCGAGAGAGUGAGAGAUUGGGGGAUAUUUACGCUGUUUUGUUUUAGUACAUUGGCGAUUGUCUUUUUGGCUACUUGA